AUGGAUGGUUAUUAUUGGUCAAGUCUACUUUCAAUAACGUUGCUUUUAGUCGUUUCAACUUAUUCAUUAUCGCCGAUUAUUUUCGUUCCGGGAAGUUUUUGUAGUCUGCUGGAAGUACGGAUCAAUACAACUGUUCAGACAUCUUGUCCAAAAUCGUUGCACAAUCGAUGGAUGCUUCUCUGGUUAAAUUUACGUUUUGUCGAACCAGAUCUUCUUUCAUGUUACCAUCACGUCUUCAAUUUUGUUUACAAUACGCCAUCAAAGAUAUUCGAGAGUCCAUCGGGUGUUGAAACACGCCUCGUACCCAAUUCGAUGAAUGGAUCAUUUCUGAAUGGCCUUCUGUGGGAAUACAUUCAAUUAGAUAAACUUUUCUUUCAUUUUACUGAGAUACAUAAGUAUACCGACGGACACAAUCUUCGGUCGAUUCCUUAUGAUUUUCGGCGAGGUUCAAACCAGUCAUUAGUUUCAUUUAGCCGGAAUCUACAAGACUUAAUUGAAUUAACCUAUUACGAAAAUAUGAAUAAAAGUGUUAGCUUAAUUAGUCAUAGUACCGGUGGAUCAAUGACAUUGUACUUUCUAACGCAGCAAACACAAACAUGGAAAGAUCAAUAUGUUCAUAGUUGGAUUUCAUUGAGUGGAAAUAUUGCAGGUGAAGUCGAUAACAUCGAAAAUGUUCUUCGCGGUUUUUUAUCGCCAGUAGUUACACGUGAUGUUAUACAAUCAUGGGAUUUUUUUGCUUGGCGUCUUCCAGAGCCGAUGAUCUACGGUUCACAACGAAUCAUCGUUCAAACACCUUCGAAGAAUUAUACAUCCUAUGAUAUGCAGCAACUUCUGUAUGACUCAAAUGCAACAGCAUUGGCGCAAAUCUAUUCCCAAACAUCGAGUAUUUUGAGAUCGUUACCACCGCCUAACGUCGAUACGUAUUGUUACUAUGGCGCGAAUAUUUCCACUGCUGUCGGCUAUGUACUAAAGUCGGAUCGAUUGGAAGAUGGAAAAUUAGAAACAGUUUAUGGCUGGGGCGAUGGAGAGCAAGAUGAUACCACAAAUAUGUCCUGCCAACUAUGGAAUACAACUAUGGAUAGGAAAUAUAAACUAACGUUAAAAGGAUUCGACCGUGUGAGUCACCUCGAACUUGUCGGCAAUGAACGAGUUUUGAAAGAAAUUGAUAAAAUUGUUUUGGCAUAA